AUGGAUGAAUCUCAAGGUCUGCUCUCAGAGUAUAUAACAGAGUUUCAUCCCUCCAAUUCCUUCUCAGUGCCUCGAUUCAACAACACCAUGAACUCCCUCAAACAAACCAAGCUCAUCCGGCCGCCUGCAGGUACAGACCCUUCAAAGACGCGGCCAGGUAACAUCAAAUUUCUCUAUACUAUCACGGCAUUUGUAUCGCUCGGUGCAUUCUUGUUCGGAUAUGAUCAAGGUGUUAUGGGUGUGAUCGUUGCCGAUGCGCGAUGGAUUGACUUGAUGCACCCAAAGAACUCUUGGGUAACUGGAACUGUUGUUUCCUUAUAUGAUGUCGGAUGCUUCAUUGGGGCCAUGUCUCUUGGAUAUCUCGCAGAUCCACUAGGUCGAGAGCGUACACUUUCGAUUGCAUGCGCCGUUUUCACUGUUGGCGCUAUUCUCCAAGCUGCAUCAUACACGAUUGUGCAAAUUAGUCAUCUUAGGGCUCGGAGUCGGGGCGUGUGCAGGAGGUGUUCCCCUAUAUGUUGCCGAGAUAGCCCCCCUGCGAUUCGAGGCCGAAUUGUCGCUAUUGAGCAAAUGAUUCUCUGCCUGGGAGAGUUAGUUGCAUUUUGGCUGAAUUACGGCUUCAACUUUCUCGAAACUAAGGAUUGGUGGCGAAUUCCUUUAGCAAUCCAGAUUAUCCCUGCAAUCAUCCUCGGCAUAGGAUGCUGGUUUUGGGUACCACCUAGUCCACGUUGGCUGGCUAGUCAAGAUCGCCACGACUGUGCAAGAGAGGUCUUGACUCGCCUCCACGGUUCGGAAGUAGCGGAGCUGGAAAUGCAAGAAAUUCAAGCCUCUAUUGAGUUUGAGCAUACGGUGACCGAAGCCAGCUGGAGCGAUAUGUUCAUGAUGCCGGUUUUGCGAGUGACUGUGUUGGGAAUGGCUGUGCAGUUCUUCCAGCAGAUCACAGGAACCAACUCCAUUCUCUACUACACUCCGUCGCUAUUCAAGCGGGGAGGUAUCGAAGACCCUCGCACCGCCAACCUCGCAACUGGCGGCGUGGGAAUCGUACUAUUCGUGUUUUCGUGGGUACCAAUCUUCUACUUCGACCGACUAGGCCGGAAGACCUGGUUACAGAUCGGAACGGUUGGCAUGAUGGGAGCCAUGAUUGGCAUCACCGUUCUGCAAUGGCAUGCCGAGCAUAACCCAGGGGAUCCUGCGAACUAUACCAUCAUCCUAUUCCCAUAUCUGUUCUACAUUUUCCCUGUCUCGAUGCGAGCCAAAGGAAAUGCCCUCACUACUGCAUCGUUGUGGGCAGCAUGUUACAUUGUCGCACAGGCGAGCCCUCCUAUUGCCGAUGCCAUUGGAUGGGGACUAUACAUCAUCUACACAGGAAUUUGCGUUGUCGCUUUCUUCUUUGUUCGAUAUGCUCUAGUCGAAACUCGAGGCCGAACCCUCGAAGAGAUGUCUCGACUUUUCGGUAUCGAGAGUCGGUUAGCAGAGCGAAGUGGUGUCAAAACAGCCACUACCGGGAAAGAUCCCACUGAGGAGCAUGUGGAGGAUUUGGGAUCUUCUAGCCGGUCGUGA